AUGGCAAUCGAGAGCGAAGUGUUAUAUGCACUAUAUUAAUUGUAUCAGAAGAAUUUGAUUUCCUAUGAACAAAAGGGAAUGAUCAAAGGUACCUUACUUUUUCAAACAAGAUAUGUUGAUACAAAAUGAUUUCGUGCUAAGAGCUUCUAUAAUUGAUUGCGACAGUUAGUUUUAGUUGUAACAUCGCAUUUUGGAAUUACUAAAAGGUUUUUAGAUGGUUUUUAUUCAUUUAGAUUAAGAAUCACCUCGAAAUUCGACUUGCAUUAGUCCUUUGAAAAGAAUGCCGUCUUGUAGUACAACACAUAGUCGAUAAAGGAUUAAAAGUGCAAUUCAAAAUCCAAAUUAAAAAAAAACAAUAUCAAGAUUAAGAUCAAAUUCUCUGACAGCAAUUUGAUAUUAUACCUCAC